AUGAAGAAUUACUCGCUGCUGAUGCUGGUGGCCAGCGUCAACGCGCUUUUGGAAGGACCCAAUGUCUGCACCAGACAGGAAUCAUAUACAACGACGAUACGUGUGUCAGAACAUCAGCCCUACCAAGUGAAGGAAUACGCGUGGUGCCUCAGUGUACCACCUCGCUGUUCCAAAUACAAAGUGCUAUUUCGUCAAGUGUAUAAGACUCAGACGCUAGUCAAGCAGCGGCCGGUGGAAGAAUGUUGUAAGGGAUACGCACCGGACUCGCGCGGCGAACAGUGCGUACCCGUUUGUGUGGAGUCGUGCGUCCACGGUAAAUGUGUCGCUCCGGACACCUGUGCGUGCGAGCAUGGAUAUGGAGGACCGGCUUGCGAUAUAUCCUGUCCAGACGGCAAAUGGGGAAGACACUGUCAACAUGACUGUCGCUGUUUGAACGGAGGUACCUGCGAGCCCUUGACCGGCGAUUGCGCUUGCGCAGUGGGUUGGCGAGGGGACGCAUGUGAGCGGACAUGCGCGCCGCCAACAUUCGGCGAUAAUUGCCAACAGACCUGCCAAUGUAGGAACAACGCUACGUGCAACCCAGCUAGUGGAGCCUGCAAAUGUUUGAGUGGAUUUGUUGGGCCACUUUGUGAGGAAGUGUGUCCAAAAGAUGCGCCGUGCCCGGAGCGCUGUAAGUGUCAAAAUAAAGGACAGUGCGAUUUUAUUACUGGCGAGUGUGAAUGCACUCCUGGGUGGACCGGGGAGGUUUGCGCGAACAAAUGUCCUCCUGGACAUUGGGGCCACAAGUGUGAGAAGACAUGCGAAUGCGCAAAUGGUGCGGGAUGCCACCAUGUGACGGGACAGUGCCAGUGUGAAGCUGGCUAUAUUGGAGAUAAGUGUCUGGAAACAUGCCCCCUCGGUACAUACGGCGUAGAUUGUGCUGGGACAUGUUCGUGUCAGCAUGGUGGAGAAUGUUCCCCUACGGACGGUUCGUGCAAAUGUAAACCCGGGUGGAAAGGCGCUUGGUGCGAACGUCGAGCUUGUCCGGAUGGGUUGUGGGGACCACGCUGCGACCACCAGUGCGAGUGUAACCCACAUACCACGGAUAUGUGUGACCCCUGGACAGGGACAUGCGAGUGUUCAGCGGGUUGGGACGGCGAGUCCUGUACGCGACAGUGUCGCUUGUACACUUACGGCAAAGGAUGCCGGUCUAACUGCCGUUGCGAGAACAGCGCAUUGUGCUCGCCAGUGAACGGAUCGUGUCUAUGCCCGCCCGGAUAUCGGGGUGUCCACUGCGAGGAAGCGUGUCCGUAUCCGUUGUAUGGGGAUAAUUGCGCUGAUACCUGUCAAUGCAUGAACAAUGCGACCUGCUCGCAUGAGACCGGGCAAUGUAGCUGCCCACCUGGAUUCGAUGGUUUGAAGUGUGAUCGACCAUGCGACGGAAAAACAUAUGGCUUGGGAUGCAGACAGCCCUGUGAUUGUGAUAAUGGUGCUCCUUGCGAUCCAGUUAAUGGUGAAUGUGUGUGUGGACCCGGAUUCGAAGGACCAAAAUGUUCACGCCGCUGUAGUCCCGGCUUCUACGGUGCAAAUUGUUCAUUGCAAUGCUCGUGUUCAUCGCACGCGCCUAGUUGCGAUCAUGUGACGGGGCAGUGUAUCUGUGAGACUAGCUGGCGUGGAGUACGCUGCGAAACUCAAUGUCCGGAAGGUCAUUUCGGCGAGCAAUGCAACGAGCGAUGCCCAUGCGCUAACAACUCUUCCUGCGACGCGUCGACUGGACGCUGCGUAUGCGCAGCUGGUUGGCAAGGAGAUAUCUGUGACAAGCCGUGCCCACCUGGUCGUUAUGGGGUUGGAUGUGCACAGUUGUGUCCUAUGCAACAUGACGGUAACACAACAUGUGACCCCGUAACGGGAGCGUAUUCCUGUCCUAGCGGGUUUACUGGUGUGACGUGUGAAUACCCGUGUCCGCUUGGUACGUACGGGAGCAAUUGUGAACAAAAGUGCUUCUGUAAGAACGGAGCUGAUUGUCAUCAUGUCACCGGCGAAUGUCAGUGCCUACCGGGAUGGCAGGGACCGACCUGUGCCCAAGCCUGUGGAGCGGGUAUGUGGGGAGCUGGAUGCUCGCAGCCGUGUCGAUGUGCACGCGGCGCCGCAUGCCGUCCUAAUGACGGCUUUUGCCGCUGUCCACCGGGCUUUACCGGCGCCCUCUGUACACAGUUCUGCCCAGAAGGAUAUUUCGGUGACCACUGUAUGUCGCCCUGCAACUGUUCCUCUGACGGUAACUGGGUGUGCGACCCGGUAAGAGGCUGUGUUUGCCACCGCGGGUACAUUGGAGACAAUUGCGAUAUACAAGCAAGUGACGCGAUCAAAAUAGAGCAUAGCGAAAACGGAACCAGCAGCGGCGCAAUAGCUACCAUGGUAGUAGUAUUGUUACUGUGCCUGGGUGGUGCAGUUUUAGUGCUGCUUUACUACCGCAAGCGAGUGCGUUUGCUCAAGAGGGAAAUCGCUCAUGUGCACUAUACUGCAGAUCCGGCCAGCCAGCCAGAGCAACAACACUUCGACAACCCAGUAUACUCGUACAAUAGUUCCAACCGCAGUGACGACUCUACAACACUGCUCAACAACGCAAUCAUCAACAACCUCGGCUCUGCUAAACUCACCAACACCACUAUGGAGAAACUCAGGAUGACCGCGUCUGGGUCUAACGGCACGUAUGAUCCAAUGUCACUCAAGAAUAAGGACGCAGACGCAACCAAUCCGAACUUGUAUCAUUGUAUAGAAGACGACAACAAACUUGAUCAUGUGUAUGACGAGAUAAAGCAUAAGGAGGGAUAUGAAAUGGAGUACGACCACUUAAACUACACUCCACCAUCGAGCACGUGGAAAGCGCAUUACCAAAGGAUGAACAACGCUUUUCCCUCGAAUACUCAAACAGCGCCCGUUUCACCAAACCUCUCUAUUCCUGUUCCCAAUGUGCAAACACCACCGAUCCCCCCUUUACCCAAGGUCAAUAUAACACCAAUCCCCCCUCGUCGCGAUGACGUUGAAGUACCAUUACCACCGAAACGGGAUGAAAAUUUAAGUGAUGAUGAUGACGUCACUGCUUAG